AUGUCACUGGUACGGACGGCGAUGAUCGGUCUUUUUCUAAUCGCGUUUCUUCAAAACGCCGCGGCUCAGCAAAGUAGUGUUGCGUAUCAUGGUACGGUUGCAACGGACGAUGGAAGGUGUUCUAAAAUCGGGAUGGAAGUUCUUCUUCAAGGAGGAAACGCGAUUGAUGCGUCGGUCGCUGCUACGCUGUGUUUGGGCGUUGUGAGUCCAGCAUCUAGCGGUAUAGGCGGUGGAGCGUUUAUAGUAGUUAAGAGAGCUAAUGGGAAGGAAGUAGUUUACGACUCUAGAGAAACCGCUCCUCUCCGCGCCACAGAGGAUAUGUAUGGUGGUGAUCGUCAGCUUAAGCAUAAAGGACCCUUAUCAGUAGCCGUUCCCGGGGAGGUCGCAGGUCUAUUCACGGCUUGGACACAACACGGGAAGCUACCGUGGAAGCAGUUAGUGUCUCCCGCGCAGAAACUUGCAGCUCAAGGAUACGCGAUUUCAAAGUAUCUCUAUGUGCAAAUGAACACGACCAGAGACGAUAUCUUAGCCGACAAAGGUCUCUCUGAGCUUUUUGUUUCAAACGGAGAGCUCAAGAAACCAGGCACGAUCGUCCGUAACCCAAAGCUGGCUCUUUCGCUGAGUGAAAUCGCGGAACACGGUCCAAAAGCAUUUUACAAUGGCACGGUUGGAGCUAACCUAGUGAGUGAUAUACAAAAGUCCGGAGGGAUAGUAACUUUGAAAGAUUUGUUGAGUUACAAAGUUAAUGUUAAAGAACCAUUAUCUGCGGAUAUUCGUGGAUACCGAUUACUCGGAAUGCCUCCUCCUUCGUCCGGUGGCCCUGGAAUGAUGCUUAUGUUGAACAUUCUUUCUCAGUAUGAGAUUCCAUCGGGUGUUUCGGGACCUCUCGGCACUCAUCGAAUAGUGGAGGCUCUGAAACACGUAUUCGCAGUUCGAAUGAACCUCGGAGAUCCGGCUUUCGUCAAUGUUACUGAUGUUGUUUCGGAUAUGUUGUCUCCAAAGUUUGCAAAAGAGCUAAAGGAAAAGAUAAACGAUGACAAAACCUUUGGUACAAAGUAUUACGGUGGCAAAUGGAAUCAGAUCAAUGAACACGGGACAAGCCAUUUGUCGGUCAUAGAUAGCGAGAGGAAUGCUGUUUCCAUGACCAGUACGAUAAACAGUUACUUUGGGUCAGUGGUGCUGUCUCCGAGCACCGGAAUCGUUCUGAACAACGAAAUGGACGAUUUUUCAAUGCCAGUGAAAUCUAACGUUGACCCGGAUGUGCCACCGCCGGCACCAUCUAACUUCAUCCGUCCCGGGAAAAGACCUUUGUCCUCAAUGGCUCCCACUAUUGUAUUAAAGGAUGGUAAAGUGAAAGCUGCGGUGGGUGCGAGCGGAGGAAUGUAUAUCAUUGCUGGAGCAACUGAAGUUUUCUUGAAUCAUUUUUUCCUCAACAUGGAUCCUCUCUCUUCGGUCUUGGCUCCGAGAAUCUACCAUCAGCUGAUACCAAACCAAAUUCUGUAUGAGAACUGGACGACGGCUUACAAUGAACAUUUCGAGAUUCCUAAAGAGAAGAGAGACGUGUUGCAAAAGAAAGGUCACGUCCUGACGCCGUUACCCGGUGGGACGAUUUCUCAGCUCAUAGUUGAAGAAUCCGGUGGAAAUUCCGGCGGAAUGAGUAGACUUGUGGCAGUCAGUGAUCCUAGAAAAGGAGGGUUCCCUUCAGGAUAUUGA